AUGUCUUCUGGGCAAAGCAACAAUUCGGCCGCUGCGGAGAUAGAAAGCUCUGGGCAACAAAACACUUCUGGAAAUGCUGAAUCACUCGCUCUACAGGAGAAUAUUAUGCAAGACGAAGCUUCAGCAGGUACUAGUUCUCAUGACAAUCCUGAAGAUACCGAGAGUAGUGACUCUGACGACAACGAAGAGCUUUCGGGUGGCCUUACCAAUGACGGACGAUCAGGUACUUCUUUACAGACUGUUGUGCCACAAGAUGCUGCUGUCGAGGACAUGUUCCCAGAAGGCCUCAUGGAUACUCGGCGUGUAGUGGAAGCUCUCGUAUUCUACACACAAGAGUUGAACAACCGUAAUGGCAGCGGCGCCAAUCCAGCUUCGACAAUUGAGAUUCACAACGAAAUCCCGGUUCAAACGAUACCUCUAGAAACAAUGAAUUCUUUCCACGAGUUCUAUGCGAGCAUUAGACCACACCAGUCGCAAGCAGAUAUCAACGGUUUCUAUGCGAGAAUUAGACCAAACCAGUCUCACGCAGAUAUCGAAGAGAUCCACAGAAACCAGGCCAUUGACGAGCUUUUGACUCCAGUCCUGAUCGAUGAAACGCAAGCAGAAUCGGUACUAUGCCCAAUAUGCAAUGAAAAGUACGACUCAAGUGCAGAAAACGGUGCUUCUCAUGGCGCUUGUAUGGUGCCAGACUGUAAGCAUGUUUUCGGACGGCAAUGUAUCAACAGAUGGCUUAAGGAAGAGAAAAAGAACACUUGUCCGAUGUGCCGCGCUGCAAUCGAAAUUUCCACUGGCUCUUCAGAUGAUGACGAUGAUUGA